GGAGGCUCCAGUCUGGACUCUGGAGUCUGGAGAAUGAUGAUUCUUCGUCGAUCCACUCUUUCAAGUUUCAGUUCGCUCGUGAGAGCUCCUUAGUGAAACAGAGACCUGACAUCAGAAUCAAGGCGCUCGACAAAGAUUUCUGUGUGAAAAUUCCGGCGAGAUUGGCGUUGCAAGAAGGCUGAAUCUGAUAGGGGCUUUGCUGCGUGCAUUUCUGUCGAGGGCGGUCUUCAAGGGAUCCAUUGACCACAUCAUUCCCCAAUAGGCAGAGAAAACGGGCAGACAGAGCAAUUGGAGAGAGUGCAGAAAAUUCUGACUUGCGGUUCUCUUGGUGUGGAGCAAAUGGCGUUCGUUUCAGGAGGGUCGGUGGAGAACUCGUGCGCUGCGCUCUUGACUGAAUUGCAGCUCAUUUGGGAUGAACUGGGCGAGAUGGAUGCAGACCGCGACAAGCAGCUCUUGGCCAUCGAAGAGGAGUGCUUGCAGGUGUACAAGCGCAAGGUGGAUGAGGCCAGCCGGUACCGUGUGGAGUUGCAGGCAGCGGUGGCGGACUCUGAGAAAGAGGUCGUUACCAUGUGCACGGAACUGGGGGAGAAGUAUGAACCGAUGGAAGGCAAGUUGGGGAGCAUGCCCCUGCGCCAACAGAUGGCCGCCGUUAAGCCGCGCAUGGACAAGCUCCGCGCCCUCAAGUUCGCCCGCGUGAAGGAGUUUGCUGAGGUCCUGGGAGCGAUCGGACGGCUGAGAGAGGAGCUGUUUGGGGCGGACGACGAGAGGUCGCCACCUGGCGCGGCACAGGACCUCACCAUCAAGCGGCUGGAGGAGUUCAGGGAGAAGCUGAAGGAACUGCAAGCAGAGAAGGCGACGCGGCUCGACACCGUCCUGGCCCAUGUGAAGCGCGUCCAUAGCCUAUGCUCGGUCCUGGGAGAAGACUUUGCCGAGACGAUCCAGGGGGUGCAUCCAAGCCUUCGGGACGGGGGGGUAGUGCACAACAAGAGCGUCAGCAGCGAGACCCUGCAGCGGCUAGAAGCAAAGAUGGCUGCACUCCUGGAAGAGAAGAAGCGGCGCAUGCACAGGGGCUCGGAGCUGGGCGCGUUCCUGGUUGAGUUGUGGUCCCUCCUUGACACUCCCCCGGAGGAGCAGGAGCCGUUCAUGGAGAUUGCGCUCUCGAUUGCAAUGAAGGAGGAGGACAUCAACCGCGAGGGAGCGCUGUCCCUGGCAACGCUGCAAGAGGCGGAGGCGGAGCUAGCGCGGCUGCAGGGGUUGAAGGCCGGCCGCAUGAAGGAGCUGGUCGGCAAGAAGCGGCGCCAGCUGGAGGAUGUCUGCGCUACCGCCCACAUGCGCGCGCCAUCCGAUACCACGCCCGAGAAAGCUGAUGCGCUCAUCGAGGCGGAGAUGAUCGACCCGUCGGAGCUGCUGGCGAAGCUGGAGGCGCAGAUCAAGGACGCGGAGCGUGACAAGGAGACGCGCGCGCCCGUCAUGGCGCAGGUCGAAAAGUUCCUGCACGCGGUCGAGCAGGAGCGCUGGCUGGACGAGUACAACAAGGACGAGAACCGCUAUGCGGCGACCAAGGGCCAGCACCUGCUGCUCAAGCGCGCGGAGAUCGCGCGCGCCGAAGUGCGCAAGCUGGGCCCGCUUUCGGACGCGCUUCUGCGCGCGGGGGACACGUGGGAGCGCGAGAACGGACGUCCGUUUUACUACGACGCGGAGCGGGUGCGCGACAUGGUGGAGGAGUACAAGUGGCGCGCGGAAACGGCGGAGCAGGAGCGGAAGAGGCAAAAGGAGGAGGAGAAGCGGCAGAAGGCGAUGGCCACCGAGAUCGAGCUCAAGUACGGGAGCAGCCCCAAGGGGAAGAGCCCCGCGCCCAAGAAGGCCUCCACGCCCGUUCAGAGCCCCGGCGUAAACCGGCGUCUCUCCCUUGGCGCUUCCAACCUCUCCACCGACCGCCCCGCCCCGGUUGCUGCCUCCCGGUCCAACCUCAACGGCUUCGCGAGCCCUCCGGCCCACACCCCCCGCGCGACCCACAACGGAAUUCCGGCCGGCGGAGCGCGGAAGAAGACCGGAAACGGAGCCCCGGUUCCGAACCCCCGGCCAGUCGCGGGGACGCCGAGCAAGAUCCGGAAGGUGCCAAUCGCACCGAAGCCCCGACCCAGUGCGCCGGCCAACUUUGUCGCGCUGGCUAUGGCAGGGCCACCCGCUGCUGCGCCCGAAAGCCCCCCCUCCGCUGUCGCCCCUCCGGCUCCCGCCGUUCCGCCCGUCCUCAUGGAGCGGAACUAUUCCGGCCUGGCGCUCAACCAGAGCGGAUCGCCGGUCAAGCAGGGCGACAAGGAGAGCCGCCCCAGCUCGCGCUUGGGCGACCGGGACAUUCCCCCGACCACUUCUUCGCCCAGCGGCUUCUCCGACGAUGUGGUUAUCACUGGAAACAAGGCCAGGUUUGCCGACCGGUACGCUUCGGACAGCGAAUCGGACGCCGCCACGUCGGACUACGACGACGAGAAUGACGACAGCCUGCCGCCGGACGGGAAGACGUCGCCGGCGCUCCGGACGUCCGCGGAGCGCGCGCCCUUCUCGCAGCUCAACGCGGCCCUGGAACACGCGCGCAUCAGCGACCCGAUGGUUAAGGCCCCCAGCCCCGUUCCAAGCGGCUCCCCCCAACUGGGCGACAACUUUGACGAGCGCCGCCUCAGCAUGAUCCCCGAGAGGCGGGCUAGCAUGCGGUAUUAGACACUGCUUUCAAAACGGCGAAACGUACGGUAGACUGGUGUAACAUGAUGGACGGGACAAUCAGAGGCUUAGCUCAAGAGCGUGUAGCAGGGAGUGUUAGAGAAGUACGGUAGCGCACUGCCACAAGAAUCGAGGUACAACUGUGGGGAAUUAUUGGGUGUUCAUGGGAGUUGUUCGUGUAGGAGUUCGAACCGACUUUUGUUCUGGAGGACCCAAGUUAUAAGUAACGAGGAAAUUUUCUUGCCUUGACGUACACUCUUUUCCAAGAUUUGUGUACUGAUUGACCGUAUUACCAGAAAUGCAAAAGUUGUCAGCUCGACUUCAUCUGGUUGGAAUUCAAUUCUCCAAUCUGGAAAAUUCCGU